AACAGAGAGAGAGAGAGAGAGAGAGAGAGAGAGACAUUAAACAAUCUGCCGGCAAAUAUGGAGCCCGCUUUCGGCCUUUGUCUGCAUUACUUGAGCCCGAUCACUUGCACAUCAGUGAAGCAAAGUCGCUGUUUUGCAAAGUGAUCUUAUAAAGAAUCCUCUUUUGUUUUUCCAUUGUUGGGGCUUACACAUAAAGAAUCCUCUUCUUUACCAUUUGCUUCUUCCUCAAAUUUGUUCCUGUCUGAUGUACAAAAGAGAAAAGACCUUCGACUCGCAUGAUCUAGUAUCGUCUAUGCGUACUGUCUGUGCCGUCUAUAUAAGUGGAUGCAUUGAGUAUCUGGUCCUUGCUUCCCUGCGGCGAGAGGCUUGUGAUUUCGAGUUGAUACUCUUGAGGAUCAGAGCAUUAUUACUCGAAGAGAGUACACGAUGGAGAGAAGCAGAGCUUGCCUGAAGCUGUGGAUUCUCCUCCAUCUACUUUCCUUAUGCAUUUUCUUCAUCCACAGCGAUGCUAGAAGGAUGACGGCACGGUCCAAGGGCACAGCGCAUCCGAAGAAUCCGGCCCUGAGAUCCACCAAAAGAAUCAGAGUGACGAGAAACCUGGAUUUGCCGUCGAAUGAUCAACCUUACGUGAGCUCGCCGCUCACGUUGCCGCCAUACGAUUCGCUUCCCCCGAUGCCUCUGCCUGACCUCAGCCCUCCAUUCUGCAUAUACCCACCAUCGACCCCACAGCCCCCAGCUUCCACCACAAACCCACCUCCCACAGGGAUCACACCAUCACCCUAUGUCUACAUCCCGCCAAUCCUUCCCGCUCAAAACCCGCCUCCCAGCCCGGACGUCGUGAUUCCGGGCCCGCCUGAGUCAUUCCUGAGCCCUCCGGGCCCUGUAGUUGUCCCAGUCCCCCCGGCCCCCGGAACCGGUCUAAGUCCUACCCCGCCGGAGAUCAACCCGCCUUACAACGUGCCCAGCAUCCCAAUCUCCUUUCCGAGCCCGCCCUCUUCUGUGCCAUCCCCAGGCGGAGGCGGCAUUGUUCCGAGCCCAUUCCUCCCGCCGAUUGUCUACCCUCCUCCCACGGUCCCGCCAUCCCCUAACUCCGGUUCGAGCAUAGCCUUGUGGUGCGUGGCCAAGCCCUCAGUGCCAGAGCCCAUCAUCCGGGAGGCCAUGAACUACGCCUGCGGAUCCGGUGCUGAGUGCGCCUCGAUCGAGCCGAAUGGCUCAUGCUUCCAGCCCGACACGCUGUUCGCGCAUGCCUCGUACGCGUUCAACAGCUACUGGCAGAGGACCAAAGUGGCCGGCGGCUCAUGCUCCUUCGGUGGCACGGCCGUACUAGUCACCGUCGAUCCUAGCUAUGAUGGAUGCCAUUUUGCCUACUUGUAGCAAGUGAAACAGCUCUGUUUUUGGCGACGUCAAGGAGCAGAAUGCGGAAGUUUUCUAUGUCAUCCCACUUCCUUUUUUUUUCUUUCCCUUGGAAUAAAGUAGGAAUUUCGGUUUGUUUUGCCAGAGGAUAUGUGGAUUUUUGGCAGUAGAUAAUACGUUCAUAAGGUGUAUCGGAUGACGGCGUGAAACCCAUAUCUUUCUAGUGUUACAGAAACGGCCUCUUCUUCAUAAGAUAUGGGAUUCGUCACCUCCCUAUGUUCACUCAAUUGGGCAAGUGCAACAUCAUGCUGAAUUUUAGCAGAUAACAAA